UUCACAUUUUUCGUCCAAAACUAGAAUCAGCUGUCAAAAUGUGAAACUUUCUACCACAUGUUACUACACGAUAAACACUACACACGAUUACACGGUGGCUUGACUUGUUAUCGAUAUGCACGGUCUUGCUUAUGGUUAGAGAUCGAUCAAUUGAUUGUGUUUGGUUAAAAUUUCAAAAAUGGCAGAAGCUAGAAGCGCUGUUUCGCGUCCCAGAGUGGGGCGAAUAGAAGAAGGUCGAAACCCCAGGGAGGAUUUUUUGUUCGGUUUGAGGACACACGCUAUAAGACGAUUCUUUCGUAUAAGGAAUUCCAUCAAGAAUGGCAUGUGGCCCACUAAACUGUGGAAUCUUGUGGUUAUGGUGGGGGUGCUGUCUGUGGUCUUGGUGGGUGACUGGGAGCCACUACGACCUCUCACCGGGCACCUGAGAUACAUGGAGGAGGUCCUGCACAUUCCUGGAGACUGGCCAUUGCUGGCGAGGAGCCUCCUGACCUCAUUUAUAGCUGGCUUCAUCUUCUUCAUCAUUCUACUGCAUGUCAGACGAUACACACUGAGGAUGUUGCUAUCAUACAGAGGUUGGAUGUAUGAGCAACCAAAGACUCAGUCACUGGCCACGACUGUGUGGGGACUCCUGGUUCAUCUGGUCAGUGGAAGUCAUCCAUCUUUGUACGGGUGCCAGCAGAGUCUGCCUAGGCAACCAGUUCCGCCACUAAAAGAAACUCUUAAGUCCCUAAUCCAGUCCCUGAAGCCCUUGUAUGGAGAGGACUCUCAAAUCAUUCAGGAUCUGAAAAAGGAGUCAAAGGAAUUUCAGAGGACCUUGGGGCCCAAACUACAGAGAAUUCUCUACCUGAAAUCCUGGUGGGCCCAACAUUACGUUACUGACUUCUGGGAGAAGUACGUCUAUUUGAUGGGCAGAAGUCCUCUGCCGAUAAACAGUAACUACUACAUAAUGGACCAGAGCAGUUGGAAACCAACAUCAAGUCAAGUGGCAAGAGCUGCCAAUGUGAUAUACCAGUUCAUGCUAGUGCGUCAAAGCAUUGAGCAUGAGAAAAUGGAGCCUCUGUUGAUCCGAAACACGAUCCCGAUCUGUAUGGCACAAUACGAACUUGUGUUCUCAACUACCAGAGUGCCUGGUGAAGAGAUGGACCAACUUGUGCAUUACAGUUCUACAGAGUCCAAGCACAUCAUUGUGAACAGGAAGGGAGUGAUGUACAAGCUGGACAUGUUUGACAUGGACAGGAAGCUGGUUUCACCUGCCGAUCUUCAGAAGCAGCUUCACUGGAUCAUGAUGGACGCAGAGAGACAUCUUGGUGACUACUCAGAGGAGGCUCGAAGCCUGCCAGCCUUGACUGGUCUCAACCGUAAGGAGUGGGCCACUGUAAGACAGACACACUUCAACGAGGGCGUAAAUCAAGAUUCCCUGGCAACGCUGGAAAAGGCACUGUUUCAUGUUGUCCUGGGAACAGAAAUCCAUGAGGACAUCUCCUCAAGAGCCCAGUACCUUUUCCAUGCCGACGGGAAAUCUAUCUGGUUUGACAAGUCGUUAACGCUGCUGGUACAGCCGGAUGGACGUAUGGGUCUCAACUGUGAACACUCCUAUGCUGACGCUCCCGUGCUCGCUCACAUCAUAGAGAUUAACUUUACUCAGGAAGCCGUUCAUGGUCUGCUGUCUCCAGAACUUGACCUAGAGAGCUGUGACCUUGACCUGCAUGAAUCUAAAAGUAGCCAUUCUAUUUAUAGACCAGAAAGGCUAGUCUGGGAAAUCCCAGACAGUCUUGGCAGGUCUAUUAAUAGCGCACACCUAACAGUAUUAAAGGCCAUAGAAGAUAUAGAUUUACGUGUGGAGGGCUAUUUCAAGUAUGGGAAAGGAUUUGUGAAGACUUGCAAGGUCAGUCCAGAUGCAUACAUCCAGAUGGCUCUGCAGGUGACCUAUUUUAAGAACGCCAAGGAACACUGUCUCACGUAUGAAUCCUCAAUGACGCGUCUCUACCUUCAGGGUCGUACAGAGACUGUACGGUCACUGACAAUGGAGGCCUCAAAGUUCGUAAGGGCGUUUGUGGAUAAGACGGUUUCCCGUGCAGACAAGAUCCGCCUGCUCCAGGAGGCCUGUGAGGCUCACGCCAGGCAGUACAAGGACUGUAUGAGCGGGCGUGGCAUCGACAGGCACCUGUUUGCCCUCUACGUCGUCAGCAAGGGACUAGAAUAUGACUGUGAGUUCUUGAAGAAGUGCCUCAGCAUUCCGUGGACACUGUCUACCAGUCAGUCACCACAGCAGCAGCUGCUCAACUCACCAAGCUGUGAUUUACCUGAGUACAGAGACAAGACCAGUCCAGGAGGUGGUUUCGGCCCAGUUUCCGAUGAUGGUUAUGGUGUGGCGUACAUGAUUCCUGGAGAUUUCAAGUUCUUCUUCCAUGUGUCUUCUAAAAAAUCGUCCAAAAAGACAGACUCAAGCUUGUUCAUGAGCCAGCUAUUUGAAACACUCGACCAAAUGAAAGAACUCUUCGAGGGAAAAUGAAUUCAAAUGAUCGAGUUAUUAUCGGCAAAAGUAGAAAAUUCCAAAAUAUAUUUAAACUUCAUAAUUUUUACUACGCUUAAUAUUGUGAAAAUUCAUGCACUUAAAAUCAGUAUUUAUAUUGAAAAACAUUACUACCUGAUUACCGAAUUUGUAUCAUACACCAGUGAAAAAUUUAAUUCAUAUUGCUACUAGUUAAACUUAAGGCAUUGUGGUUGUAAACUGUUUUAAAAUUGAGUUUUGAUCAAAUUUCUUCAAAAAAAUCUCCAGUAUGUGUUCUAAAAGCAAGGGCAUGAUGAUAAUAAAACUGUGUUGUUUAAAGUUAUAUAAAAGUGAUUUCUUAGGUUUAUGCAGUUUAUCCAAUUAAACAAUAAAAUGCUUAAACUUUGGUGUAUGAGCAGUCUGAGAUGCAAAGGUUGUUUGGAACAGUUACCUUGUACUCAAAUUAUUAUGAUACAAAAUUGUGCCUUGUUUCGAACAGUAUUGAGAUCCCAAAGUUAUUCCAGAAGGGUUUUUACAAAUUAUAAAAAUAUAUAUAGACUGAAGAAGGCAUUCAUUUUGUUUGAUAUCUAUCCAAUAUUUUGAGCAUGUGUAUUUGAACUAGGUGGAUACAAAUAAUAGCAAACUUUGUUGGUGUUUUUGGGGUGUAUUGUUUUUUUGGCAUGUGUAAGUUUGUUUUCUUAUUUUGUUAAUGUCCCCCACCACUAUAGUGGGGGACAUAUUGUUUUUACCCUGUCUGUUGCUUUGUUUGCGCCAACUUAAACAUUUCCCAUAACUUUUGCAAUAUUGAAGAUGGUAACUUCAUAUUUGGCAUGUAUGUGUAUCUCAUGGAGCUGCACAUUUUGAGUGGUGAAAGGUCAAGGUCAUCCUUCAAGGUCAAAGGUCAACAAAAAAUAAAUACUUUGAAGAUUCAUCCCAAUAAUAUCUUGGACGAGUUCGAAAAUAAUGCUGGUUGGUUGAAAAACAUGGCCGCCAGAAGGCGGGGCAUUUUUCGAUAUAUGGCUUUAGUAAAACCUUGUUAACACUCUAGAGGCCACAUAUACAUGGGCUUCUUAUGCUUCUCAGGGGUUUUGCUGUUUUAACCCAUUUAUGCCUAAUGGACUCUCCCAUCCUUCUAAAUUGAUCAAUUUAUUUCCAAAAUUAGGGGUGUCUAAUAUAUUAAUUCUAUAUUUAGAAUAUUUCUAACAGAAAUUCCAUCAAGCAAACAGUGCAGACCCUAAUGAGACGCCACAUCAUGUGGCGUCUCAUCAGGGUCUACGCUGUUUGCCAAGGCCUUUUUUCUAGACAUUACGCAUAAAUGGGUUAAUGUCUAGAUAAAAUGAAGGAGUUACAGAUGUGACCAUUUUUGGCAUAAGAAUGUUUGUUUUUCCACUAUAGAAUAUAUAUUUCCAAAAUUGUUUAACUUCUCUUAAAUUGUUGGGUGAAUAUUGCACAUACUGUUGGAUGGCCUAAAUGUUUAGAUGAUUGUACAGAUGGAAUUGGGUCUGCAACAAGUUUUUGCAGAAUUAUGGCCAUUUGUCUGUUUUAUACUUAAGAACAGUGCCAACAUUCCGUUUUCAACUCCUAUUUAACAGCAUGGUAGAUUGCACCAAAGUUUUAGCAGCUGAAUGACUUUGAUGUGUAGAUGAUCGUUGAGAAAGAACUGAUUGCUGUCCAACUGAAUGACUUUGAUGUGUGGAUGAUCGUUGAGAAAGAACUGAUUGCUGUCCAACUUAAUGACUUUGAUGUGUAGAUGAUCGUUGAGAAAGAACUGAUUGCUGUCCAAGUUGAGAAAGAACUGAUUGCUGUCCAAGUUGAGAAAGAAGUGAUUGCUGUCCAAGUUGAGAAAGAACUGAUUGCUGUCCAAGUUGAGAAAGAACUGAUUGCUGUCCAAGCUUUAUCAGGAUUAUGCCCAGCGUGUAUGUUUGCCAACUGAUGAACAAAUACUUGGGUUCCCACUCAGUAGUAAAGUGAAAAUGGCUAUGUGCAAACAGCAUAAAACCAGAACAGCCUGCAAGUUACUUGCAGUCUGUUCAGGUUGUAUGCUGUUUGCUGCUCAUUAUUAUCCAAGGGUUGGAAAUGAAGCUUUUAAAACUUGAAUUUUUGUAAUAAAGUUAUAUAAUUAAAUUUAACUUUCUAUGGGACUACAAAUGGGUCAAAAUACGUAUCUAAAGUGGUAAAUGGUUAAUUUGUCUGUAUCCAAUAAGUGUCUGGGGCCAUCAAUGUCAGUUACACAUUUCUAGUGUAAGAAUGAUAUUAUGAUAUACUCACAUGACUUAUAAUGCUCUAUUUACAUGCUUUUACAUUUGACAAUCAUCAGUUUUUUAAGUCAUUAGGCUGUGUUUUUUUCCUUUUUCUCAUUUUGAUGAGUUUACUUUAUUGUGCUUUGUUAAAUGCUCUUUGUUUGUUGUUUUGAUUUUAAGUUAGUGUCUUAUUUGAUUUCUUUUUAGUUUUACUUGCUUAUUUUUUAUUUUUACCCCUUAGAUUUACCCAAAAAGUAAUUAUUAUGAGCACAUUGAACAUACAUAUGACACAUGGUAUGAAUGUGAUUAAUACAUUGAGCAUACAUAUGACACAUGGUAUGAAUGUGAUUAAUACAUUGAACAUACAUAUGACACAUGGUAUGAAUGUGAUUAAUACAUUGAACAUACAUAUGACACAUGGUAUGAAUGUGAUUAAUACAUUGAACAUACAUAUGACACAUGGUAUGAAUGUGAUUAAUACAUUGAACAUACAUAUGACACAUGGUAUGAAUGUGAUUAAUACAUUGAACAUACAUAUGACACAUGGUAUGAAUGUGAUUAAUACAUUGAACAUACAUAUGACACAUGGUAUGAAUGUGAUUAAUACAUUGAACAUACAUAUGAAACAUGGUAUGAAUGUGAUUAAUACAUAUUUCUUCUAAAAUGAUAAUGUUCAAGUCAUGAAUGUCAUAUUUUAACAUUUCUGCACUUUUUAUUGUAUUACAAUUUUGCAGUACAUACAAAAUAUUAAGACUGUAUGUGAUUAGGAGACAAAGGAAAGAUAAGAAUACAUAAUGAAAGACGAUGAAAUAUUUAACUGUAGUUCGUUCUACUAAUGUUUAUUCACAGCAAAAAUAAUAUCAUGCAAUAUUCAACUUUUGUUCACAUUUUAUAUAGUAUUUAGUAUUUUUAUGUUAAAUUUUGUUUUAUUUUUUAGUGAGAUUUAAAUGUUUACUUUUAAAGUUGUACAGGUUAAGGAAAUUGCCUUAUGUGUAUUUCAUAUUAUUUUAAUUUUAUAAAAGAUUUUUUUUUAAUGUUAUGUUUAAAAAUCCGGGUUUGUAAAUAAGAAUUAAUAAAGUCUGAGUGAACAGAUAAUUUUGAAAUUUUAUUCCUAAUCCUUGUGUAUUAUUAUUGUAUUGGAUUAAUUUUGGAAAAUAUACCUAAUGUAUUGUGGGGCUCAUUUAUUUGUUGAGUGUAUAAUAACAGUUUGCAUCCUCCUAGUUACGUGAGAUAUAAAGCUGAAAUUUGGAACAUUCUCAUUAAAAGGGUGCUUCUUUAUUACAGUGCUGUUAUUUAUAGAAUUUUAUGUCAUCAAUUUGUAUUGAUAUUGCAACUUCAAAAAUUUUCAUUUACUUAUUUUUUUGUUAGAUAUUGAACAUUGAACAUGAAAAAACAGUUUAAUCUCCAAUUGCAUAAAGUAUACAUGUGGUUUGUUUAAAAGUAAGUAGAAUGUUUUGUCAGUUUUUUUAUUAUUUAAAUUAUUUCUUUACAUUGAUUCUACUGGGUGCAUUAACUUAUUUGCACAAAUGGAAAAUAAUGGUUCAUGUAUUGUUAUAGUUGUUACAAAAACGCUACUGUGAACUUUUUUGUAUGAUAUACAGAUAUUGUUUCAUUUGUUUAAUUGUAAUCAUUGUAAUAUACAUAAUGGAUUUUGCUAUAUAGCUUGAACAAACAAACUGUUGUGAACAAUUUUAUGUAGGAUCUCAUCAUAUUAUUGUUUACUUUUGAACAGGGAAAUUUAAAAGUAUAUGUAAACGUUUCAUUUGUGUUGAUUGCUGAAUGAACAUUAUUAAUGGGAAAAUCAAAGCCCACUAUGUAAAAUCAAAAGUAACUGAUGCCCAGAAUAGGGAUACAAUAUGUUUUAUAUAUAACAUGAUUGUAGUUUUAUUGCCCAUUGUUUUCAAUGCAGUUCAUCAAUUUUUUGACGAAUUUGCUCAAUGCAUUUUUCUGUAACCAAGUAUUUUAAGGUUGUAAUUUGGUUUAACAAUUUAAUUGUGAUUUUAAAUGUAUUGUUAUUAUUUUUAAAUGAAGUAAUCAUGCAUAAGACUUUAGUUUUCAUAAUGAUAGUAUUUAUGGAAAGCAAAUUAUAGAAUGUAUUAAAGAGAAGUCUAGCUAGAUCAUUAUUAAUCUAAGUCAUCAAUGCGGUUGUUUUACAGGUACUGUACUCGCAGAUUCAGCAUUAUGGCAAUUUCCCUUUGUCAAUAAAAUGUUUUUACACCAUG